AUGGAAAAUAACGAACAGAAAAGGAGUGAAAUGAGCAAUAAAGAAAAUAAGCCAAGGAAUAGCAGAGUAAAGAGAGUAAAACAAGAAAGCAUCAAAGAGAAUAAAGAAAUAACAGAAGAAAUGAAAAUACACAUAGAAGAGAAAGACAGUACUAACACAGACAGUACUAACACAGACAGUACUACAGAUAUAAAUAGACUAAAUAGUACUAAUAAUACUAAUACAGAUAUAAAUAGACUAAAUAGUACUAAUACUAAUAAUAAUAAUACAGACAGUACUACAGACAGUACUAAUACUACUACUACAGACAGUACUACUACUACUACUGCUACUACUACUACAGACAGUAGUACUACUAACACAGACAGUAGUACUACUGGUAUUAUAUGUAGUACUGAUAAUAUAUUAUAUGAUAAUACAGAUAUUUCUAUGAUUAAUAUGGAUAUAUCCUGUGUUAAAGUGUACUUAGACAGUAUAUCAGUUAUUAAUACACUAAAAGAAACAAAAGUAAUGAUAAUUACACCAUUAAAGAAGGAUGUACUUUGUAUACAGAAUAGACUAAAUGAGAGACAGGUACUUGUAAAGAGAGUUUUAGAGGGGAUAGAAGCACUUGAUGAAGUAGAUGUAAAUUGUGUUAUUAUAAACAAGUUUAGGAUAAUUAAAGAGAUGGGUCUGAUCAGUGACUUAAUCACAGCCAUAGGGAACAGAAGAAUAAUUGCAGUGUUAGAAGAAGAAGAGGAUGAUUUAGAAGAAUUGAAGGAUUAUAAAUUAUUAACUAAGAAAUUAUCACGGAGAGUGUUUUAUGUUAAGGGCAGCAGUAUAUUCGACAGAAUGGCAAUGAUAUUCGCACUAACUAAAGCCAGACCCAUAAAGAACCUUUGCAUCCUUGUGGGUACACCCAGGGAGGAACGGCGUGUAGAAGUGUUCUUGCAAUCAUUUGGCAUAGCAGUAAAAUUAUCACCAGAUGUAAAAACAGAAGGUGUUGUAGGCAUAUUCAGUACGCACAGGAGCAUAAACACAGAAAUACUCCAGAAAUAUUCAUUAGUCUUGGAUAUAUCUGGGAGUGAACAAAAAUCACUGGAAACCAUUAAAGCGAGUGUAUUAAGAAUGGUAGCACACACAGAAAAUGAAGAUGCCCGGUUUAAGAAGAUAUUAGAACAAGCCAUGACGUAUAAAUACAGGAUAGACAGUGUAAUACAGUUAAUCACACCAAAAAUACUUAAAAGAAGGGGUGAAAUUGAGGCAAGUAUAGUAAAACACUUACAGGGACCGCUUAGACUGAUUUAA